AUGAGCAGAGCAGAGGACUUAGAUCCGGAGAUGCUUGCACUGUUGACGUGUGCAUUUGAUGAAGGAGUGAAAGUGAAGGGCGCAGUAGAAGUUGGAAAAAGAGCAGUGGAAUAUUUCCGAGGAGAUGAGUUUGUACAUUUUUUGUACAGCAAAAGGGACAUGCUUAAAACAAAGUUCCCAAAUUUAUUGCAAAAUAGAACCUUAGAAGAUUUGAAAGACAUAGAAGAAUUUGCAGACACAUUUAUUCAGAAGGGAUUUAUAUAUAAAGCGCAGUAUAAGCCAAUUAAGGGCAUAAACGAGAUCGACGAAAAUGGAAUGUAUAGGAUGGACUUAGAUCCGGAGAUGCUUGCACUGUUGACGUGUGCAUUUGAUGAAGGAGUGAAAGUGAAGGGCGCAGUAGAAGUUGGAAAAAGAGCAGUGGAAUAUUUCCGAGGAGAUGAGUUUGUACAUUUUUUGUACAGCAAAAGGGACAUGCUUAAAACAAAGUUCCCAAAUUUAUUGCAAAAUAGAACCUUAGAAGAUUUGAAAGACAUAGAAGAAUUUGCAGACACAUUUAUUCAGAAGGGAUUUAUAUAUAAAGCGCAGUAUAAGCCAAUUAAGGGCAUAAACGAGAUCGACGAAAAUGGAAUGUAUAGGAGACCCAAAUGGCCAAAAAGAUUAAUAAUGUGUUCGAAACAGAAUUUUGAUAAGACCAGUUUUUACAUCCUAGUUCAUGAAAGGAAUAAGAAGUUACAAUGCUUGAUGCUAAUUACGCUGAUAUCAAUAGUGCUAAUUUGUUGUAUGUUUCCUAUUUGGCCCCUGAAAUUAAAAUUGGCCCUGUGGCACUUAUCUGUGGUGUUUGUAUCCCUAAUGUCUGUAAUUGUGUUUGUCAGAUUGUUCCUCUUCAUUUUCUUCUGGUUCUUUGGAGUCGAUUAUUGGUUGUUCCCCAAUUUGUUUGAUGAAGAUUGUAACGUUGUCGAAUCAUUUACUCCUGUUCAUCAAUGGAUUUACAGAAAUGACUCUUGGGUUUUUGUCAUUGCAAGGAUGUUUACGGCUGUUUUGUUAGCCAUUGGUAUACACCAGUUGGGAAAAACUCACUCCAUUUCCGAUAUUAGAAAUUUUGCUACACAGUCCUUUAUUGAUAUUAUAGAAUGGGGUAAUAAGAAGUUGGCCGCGUCUCCAGAGAAUGUGUCUAUUUAUAAGUCUUUGGAUUCCAAGGCGACGUUCGAGAUAGAGUUCCAGGAUGACGGUGUUGUGUAUGAUGAGAACGAGGAGAACUACGACUGUUUGAAGGGAUGCGGCUUCCAGACGUUCGAAGAUCUCGUGCGCAAGUGUUUCCUCAAGUGCGAGUGUAUGGAGAAAGUUAUUAAGUCUGAAUGCUACAAGAAAAAGUGCUCAAGGGUUACCAAGGAAGUUUUAGACGAAGCGCACAAGGAGGCUUGCUUUGGAAAGAAGGACAAAUAG